GGCUCAGUGCUGACAUGGACUCCAACAGCACGACCUCCGCUGAAAAACAACUUUUAGUGCGAACCUAAUGCGCUCCGGCUGCAGUGAGGAGGGGGGGAGAGCAGCUUCUGGAUCUGAAAAAGUUAAGACUUCUCGGUGUCGACGGGAACCAUCGAGGCUGUUUUUAGGAUCCCGUUUGGGGUUCGGUCACCUGUUGUCUUGAAAGUGCCACACAGAGAAGUUGCAUCACCAUGGAAACGGCCCUCCGCAGCCCUGGCGUGGACAACCAGUCGAAACCGUUCAUCACAAUCUUCAACUCUAGCUGUCGCUUCGACGAGGACUUCAAAUACAUCCUGCUGCCCGUGUCCUACAGUCUGGUGUUCGUGGUCGGCUUGGUGCUCAACGCUACGGCUUUGUGGUUGUUCCUAAAGAUGCGUCCGUGGAACCCGAGUACGGUCUUCAUGUUCCACCUCGCCCUGUCCGACUUCCUGUACGUCCUCUCCCUGCCCACCCUCAUCUACUACUACGCCAACCGCAGUCACUGGCCUUUCGGGGUGGCCGCCUGCAAAAUAGUGCGCUUCCUCUUCUACGCCAACCUCUACUGCAGCAUCCUGUUUCUCACCUGCAUCAGCCUGCACCGCUAUCUGGGCAUCUGCCACCCGAUCAAGGCGCUGACCCGGGUGAAGUCCCGCCAUGCCCACCUGGUGUGCGGCAUGGUGUGGGCCGUGGUGAGCGUGUGCCUGGUGCCCAACCUCAUCUUCGUCACCACCUCCAGGAGGGACAACGACACUUUGUGCCACGACACAACCAGCCAGGAGGCCUUUGAGGAGUACGUGGACUACAGCUCUGUUGUCAUGGUGCUCCUAUUCGGCAUCCCGUUCCUGGUCAUUGUGCUGUGCUACUGCUUGAUGGCGCGGGCCCUGUGCCGACCUCGAGGGGGGUUAUCCGCCAGCCAGCAGGGCGCCGCCUCGCGUCAGAAGUCCAUCAAGCUCAUCGUUGUGGUGUUGGUGGUGUUUGCCGUGAGCUUUGUCCCGUUUCACAUCACCCGGACGCUCUACUACACCUCCCGCGUUUUGAAACUUAAAUGUGAAUUCCUCAACAUUGUCAACUUUACUUACAAGAUCACCAGGCCGCUGGCCAGCAUCAACAGCUGUAUUGACCCAAUUCUGUAUUUCCUGGCUGGGGAUCACUACCGGGCCAGAAUGAUGGCUGCUCUGACCGGAAAAAGACAGACGACAAGCAACCAAACACCUGAACAGCCGCAAACACGGCCGAGGAAUCACCAUGGCAUCGCGCUGGUCUAUAAGAACACAGCCCUUAGAGCCAGUGAAGAUUUUAAGAGCUAGUGGGAAAUCUAUUGCAGACUACUGAAGUAUUAUACAUGUAUUAAAGAUGUCCGCUCCAGGCUAAGCUAACGCUUCUAACAGCACAUGCAGAAGCACCUGUUUUAUUUUUUUGCACUGAGAGGAGGUUUGGAAGAGAAUCAGUUUACUUAAACAGUCACUUACAGUAAAUUACUUAAUUCCAUCAAACUUCUGUAAUGCCUGUGCAUAAUAGGCAUAAGGACCAUGUCUCAAUUCACCUCAAGUUCUUGAGAAUACUGUGUUUUUAAGAUGAGGUUCAAAAGGGGAAGAGGUAGCUCAUGUCUCCUACCACAAAGAGAUUAUUACACCCAAGUGAAAAAAAGCUUCUGUGUACUGUUCUUCUUUGGUGACUAUGCAGAAGAAUAGUUUUGCUAUCAAAUUAUUGGAACAGAAUCUGAGACACUUUGGUAAAAGAGUUUGACACUAGCAGUCACAGGUGCAUUAAAGUAAUUCAUAUUUAGUUAGUGGAUUGUUGUCAUCGAUCACACCCAUUGAUCCAAAUAUUCAACUUAAUAUCCAGUGGAAGAUGACAAACAGCCAAGCCAUUGUGUCAGAAAAGAGGCAAUUAUGAGGCAAUCCUUUCUCUUGUAUCAACAAUGUCUGCAGCUACAGACAGUGCAGCUCCUGAUCCCAGCUGUUUUUUUCCUUCCACUUUCACAGCUGUCUUUUGCUCAACUGUGGAGAAAAGCAAUAAGGUUGUACUGGUCAGGACAUAUUUUUUCCCACGCAUUAGCAGUGGGAUAAGGGAUUUUUCCUUUUCUCUCUUCUACCUUUGGGAAUGAUACUUGGAAUUUAAAGCCCCCUUUUUCUAACAGCAAUUUAGUUGAACUCUUGAUGGAUUUGCAGGAUGUGAAAAUAGUGUGGAAAAGUUUGACUAAAUGCUACAGAGCAUUUGUCCCUCCACCCUCCAAUGCUGGAGCGGAUGUAUUCAUACAGUCUGUGUGUCAUGUGGUUCUUGUGAUAUUAAGUAUGAGCACUAUCUACAAAUAUGUUUUUGUAAUUACAGUUUGGUAUGUAUCAUAAAGUGUUGCAUCAUGAGUAGCUAGUGUUUACUGUUUGUCAUGUAACACCAGGUGAUUAUGCAAUGCGAGAAAACACUAAAGAUAUCAUUAAGCUCCAAUAUCUUAGUCAACUCGGCCUCGUGAGAAAAAAGAGCGAUGUCAAGUGAUGAAAUUCUGUCAUUUGUGUAAACUGUACAACUCGUGUUCAGCCAGAGUGAAACUAGCUCCACUUGCUGUGAUCGGAAUAGAUAGAGUGCUUGUUUUUAUUUUUAUUGGUUUAUUUGAUAGGGACAAUGCACAUUAACAAAAAAGUAUUUCUGUAAAUGCGCCAGAGUUAGCCAAGAGGCUAUUUUUCAUCUGUAGUCCCUAGACAGAUGUUAAAA